AAUACAUAUAUAUGUGAAGCAUUUGCCACAGGCCCGGCCUGAGCUAAGCACUUUCCUUCCCUCAACAGCUCCUUUAAUUCUCACAGCAUCCCUUUUAGUAGAUAAUAUUGUUGACCCCACUUUGCAGAGGAGAGCACUGAGGCUAAGGAAAGAGGUAAAUUCAUUCAGCGAGUGAGGGAGGAGUUGGGAUUUUAAUGCUGGCAGUAUGACCUCCCUGCCACUGGCACACCAGGUCUUUUGCUGGGACGUCCCCUGUAACCGGAUUGGGGGAAUGCAGGAAAAACCCCCGCCUUCUCCACAGAGCCUCAGCAGUGACAGCUACUUCCCGGAUGGGAAGGGCGGCCGUGAAGCCAGCACGGAAGCCAGCCCCACAGUCAAGGGCCCUCCAGCCUCCUCACAGCUCCCCACAGCCUGGACCUGCCGGCCCUCCCUCCAGGACGGCGGGGCUCCCAAGGGAAAUUCAGGUGUGUGCUGGUCCCAAUGUCAGUGAAACCCAGCUGGGGGCCCGGCCCCUCGGAGGGGGUCACCGCAGUGCCUGCCAGUGACCUUGGAGAUAUCCACAACUGGACCGAGCUGCUCGACCUCUUCAACCACACUUUGUCUGAGUGCCAUGUGGAGCUCAGCGAGAGCACCAAGCGCGUGGUCCUCUUUGCCCUCUACCUGGCCAUGUUUGUGGUUGGGCUGGUGGAGAACCUCCUGGUGAUAUGCGUCAACUGGCGCGGCUCAGGCCGGGCGGGGCUGCUGAACCUCUACAUCCUCAACAUGGCCAUCGCGGACCUGGGCAUUGUCCUGUCUCUGCCCGUGUGGAUGCUGGAGGUCACGCUGGACUACACCUGGCUCUGGGGCAGCUUCUCCUGCCGCUUCACUCACUACUUCUACUUUGUCAACAUGUACAGCAGCAUCUUCUUCCUGGUGUGCCUCAGCGUCGACCGCUAUGUCACCCUCACCAGUGCCUCCCCCUCCUGGCAGCAUUACCAGCACCGAGUGCGGCGGGCCAUGUGUGCGGGCAUCUGGGUCCUCUCGGCCAUCAUCCCGCUACCUGAGGUGGUCCACAUCCAGCUGGUGGAGGGCCCUGAGCCCAUGUGCCUCUUCAUGGCACCUUUUGAAACGUACAGUACCUGGGCCCUGGCGGUGACCCUGUCCACCACCAUCCUGGGCUUCCUGCUGCCCUUCCCUCUUAUCGCAGUCUUCAACGUGCUGACGGCCUGCCGGCUGCGGCAGCCAGAACAACCCAAGAGCCGGCGCCACUGCCUGCUGAUGUGUGCCUACGUGGCCGUCUUUGUCAUUUGCUGGCUGCCCUAUCAUGUGACCCUGCUGCUGCUCACACUGCAUGGGACCCACAUUUCCCUCCACUGCCACCUGGUCCACCUGCUCUACUUCUUCUAUGAUGUCAUCGACUGCUUCUCCAUGCUGCACUGUGUCAUCAACCCCAUCCUUUACAACUUUCUCAGCCCACACUUCCGGGGCCGGCUCCUGAACGCUGUAGUCCAUUACCUUCCUAAGGACCAGACCAGGGCAGGCGCACACUCCUCCUCUUCCUCCUGUUCCACCCAGCAUUCCAUCAUCAUCACCAAGGGGGACAGCCAGCCUGCUGCAGCAACCCCCCACCCCGAGCCAAGCCUGAGCUUUCAGGCAUCCCCUUUGCUUCCAAAUACUUCCCCCUUCUCUCCCCCUCAGCCUCUUACAUCCAGCUGAGGUAGAGGCCAGGCUCCUCCAACAGUGAAGGAAAAGACACAGGUGAGAGUAUAGGUGGGAGAUUUGGGGGGAUGUAGAGGGGAGGGUCAAAUUUGUGUCUAUCUUAAAAUACAGAGGUAUGGAGAGGGAGACAGGGUCGGGAGGGAUAGAGAGCAGGCCCUCAGUGUUGUACUAUUUGUCUUGGUCCUUGUGUCUAAGGAGCCAUGCAGAAAAAAAGGUGAAAUAAAUGGGAGAGAUAGUCAUGGA